CUUACUCAUUGGAAGGUCAGGUGAGGUAAGUGUAUCUCUCCAGUACUCAUUCCUCUGGUUGUUUGUCAGUGAUAGCAUUAGAGGGCAUAGCCAAGCAAGACCAAAUAUCUUCAACCACUCCCUCACGUGCCGAUCAUGGUGCUUCAGUGCUUCACACCAACGUUCUGUGACCUGUCAAUUCUUUGGACAUGUGGACAUCCCUGAAUUCAUUGCGGACCGGUGCUCAUGCUCUCUUUCCAUCCAUAUAAGAUACUGCAAGGUGUGGUAAAAUCGUAUUUUUUGACCCCACUGUUUCUUUCUGCGUGAUGUGGUUCUUGUCUACAGUUCUACCUUGUGUUGCGUUGGUGUCUGCGAGACAUGCUCUUUUGUCCCGCGAUGACACCAGUCUGCCCAAAUUGACGCUAUCUGGCCCAGCCUCGCUCCCAAUAGAUGCAACGCCACCCUUGAACCCCGCCCUUGCAAGUUUCAAACUUAAAGAGAGGACUGGGGUUCCAGCCGAAGUGCGCAUUGGUGGCAUCACCGCCGACUCGACAUUCUGGGAUCCGAAUCAGGAGGCUGCACUGUCCAAUUUCAUUGAUAGCACGGGUGCACUAGUAAACACUACGCUUGGGCCCCAGUUUUGGAACUCUGUGAAGCUUUUACCAGAAGGGACGAAGAUCGUCAUGACGCUUGAUCUAGAGAGCUUGAAUUAUACUGGAACUCUUGAUAUGGCCGAAGCAGCAUGGAUGGGUCUUGGCUCACGCCAGAUUUCUCGCUUCGAAAAACUAUACGGCUACAUGGGAGGUAUUUCUAAUUCUAUUUUUGUCUCCUUGAUGCCAUGGACUGUCAAUAUCUCGAAGGCGUUGGGCAUCGAUUACCCCGAGUUCCAAGUUGGGGCGACUGUCAUAGACCCUUUGUGGCCGUAUAACACCCCGCAAGCAGAUGCACAGUUUGACUGUGUCAGUGCUCUGGCUGCUGGAGCUAACGAUGGACACACUGUCAUGACGUGUAGCGAACACACAUACCAGUACAGCGUUUGUGAUCCAACUAGGGCUGCUGUAGCUACGUUGACCAACCUGGUGAACCACACACGCUUGGCUGAAUAUUUGGAUCUUUGGCAGCCCCGUAUCCACAGCGUUCGCGCCCAACUCGGACCUGAUGCCUUUGUUAUCGGUGAAUUCAAUUCUGUCUCUUGCUCUGGACAGGCCAAUGUCAGCAACACAUUCGGUCAAGCUAUGUGGCUGUUAGACACGACCCUCUAUGCGGCUUCAAUCAAUGUCUCACGUGUAUAUGUGCAUCAAGGCGGACCUCUUGCACUGCAGAGCUCUACGCAGCUCAAUCACGGCGGGCUCUCACUCUACAACCUCUGGUACCCUGUCGAUAACCAGAACGGUCCUAUCCAAGUGUUCCCGGCAUAUUCGGCUUACCUCUUUGUGACUGAGGCCAUUGGUUACUCGAAGUCACUGCGUCUUUCAAAUAUCUUCCCAGGGCGACAAGCCAAUGGAUCGUCAAUUACGACCGCAGGUGGUGAUCCUUCUGCUGGUCAGAUCUCGGUAUAUGGUUUCUGGGACGAAAAUUCCACCGACAGCUAUGAUUACCCAACUAAGCUCGCGCUCCUAAACCUUGAGCUCUACAACCAGACGGAUUCGUACCCUCGUCCCAAUACCACGAUCGACAUAUCUGCGUAUUUGCCGAAGGAGACUCAAGAAGUAAUGGUCAAGAGGCUGACAGCCCCAGGAGCUGAUGUCCUGUCAGCCGAAUUAACGACUUGGGCAGGGCAAACUUUUGCUUCUGGCGUUGCAGAAGGCGACAUUGUGGAGGAGACGGUGUCCAAUGGACAAGUGGUCGUCGAGGCUUCCUCUGCUGCUUUGGUGUAUUGGUAAAUACAGUGUAGCAUGCCAGCGAAAAAAUGUUCAUCCUAUGUGUUGCUGUUGAA